UGUUAUCGUUAUUUUUUCUAAUGCAGCUGGAACUAGUUUAUACCAAGCAAGACUUUUCUGCAGAUUCAGUGAUUCUUAUAUAAAAAUCAGUCGGUAACACCAGAUGAUAACCAGUGAUUUGUGUUACAGGUAUCAUACAGCGUUUCUGUUUAGAGCAACGAAUAAAUAGGGUACUGGCUUAGUCCAUAAAGUUGUCCAUUGAGGAUGUGGUGAGGUGCCACAGCUGAAUAAAAUAGCCUAGUAGAAUGAAUGAUGAAGUAAGAGAACUCUAAAAAUUAGUGCCUGGAAAGACAGAAGCUGAAGCAGGUAAUGACAUCCUUUAAAUCUGGUAGGUGGCAUGGGAAAAUGUGGUUUGUUGUGCAGACUAAGCUGUAAGGGGGAUGUGAGUCUGUUGUAACUUUGAAUCUGUGAUGUGACUUGGAUAGAAGACUCUGGAAAUCCAGCAUUGUUUUUCUCUUCCUGGCUAAGAGAGUCUUUAAAGUAGCUAAAUUUAAAGUAAAAAGUACAUUGUGGUGGCGUUUGCACCUUGUUCUCCCUGGCACCUUGGUUGCGAUGCUGCAUGGUUUUCUUAGAGCAUGGAGCUGAUGUUUGAGCUCCUGCUUGUGUGGCUAAAGGCUUUGCACAGUUUGGCCAAAGUACAUGCACGCGAUAGCUACCUCAGACGGCAAACCUCAGCUUGCAGUUGCUUAUCACCACUUGGAGAAAGCGCUGAUCAGUCAGCGAGCAACUGGUUAAGUUCUGCUCCUUUACACUGCUUACUGGCCUGCGCUACAAACGCGGUACUUCUGCUUUAGAGCGUAGGCAGAACAAACCUGCCUCUGCCUCCAGAAAGCCGCAUAGAUGUACAGAGCAUUUCAUUAGAUACAAAAGGAACCUCCUUAAAAUUCAGGGUGUAAGUUCCCAUGCUUUCCUGCGCUGUUACUGUAAGCUGCCAACACUUCCCCUCAAGCAGAAAAGGCGAGUUUUUAUUGUAGCAGUGGGUCUUCUGGUGGUUAUCCAGGAGCAUGAGUCCAGAGGCAAAAAUGACCUCUAAAAUACUGUAAGUGAUGUCUAGCAGCUAGCCUAACAAUUUCCUGCACUGUGCUGCCUGAAACUGCCAUGUGGAAGUGCAACAAGCUAAAAUAGUUUAGGUGAAGUUCCAUGAAAGAGAAAAGUGUCUCAAAUGGGCUUGUUGCUUUUAAAAGAAAACUGCCAGCCUGGAGUCUGGGAAACUAAAGCUAUCAAAAUUGAAAAACAAGAAACACUAAAACUGGUGUUUCUUGCUGUGUUAAGCAGAAAUCCAAAAAAGCUUCAGACUUGAGCAUAAUUUCAAGUCAUAAGGGUUUCACUGCUGAAACAGCAAGUAUGCAAAGUGUUGCAAUUUCAGAGUACCUAUUUUGGGAAAAAAGCUGCAAGCUGCGACUUUGAUAAAUGCGUUUUUCUGUCUGUAAUUACUGUCAGUGGAUGUUCAUCAGCUUGCCAAGGGUCUGACAGUCCCAGGGCAGGUCUGGCCCCAUGCCGAGCUCCUGCAGCGCCUGAUGCUGCACGCUGGUGUCUGCCUGUGCUGUUGUGCAGCCAAAUCCCAGGCAGAAGGUCACCUGGAGAAAGGAGACCUGCAAGCCCACAGGUGCUGCUGAGACGACCAGGGGCAAGAGCAGAGGUUGCAUCAUUCCAAUCUUCCACCCCAUUCCCAAAAGCAACUGUGACGGGCCAUGAAUGCAACAGGAACCUUAAGGUUCCUGACUGAGCACUUUUCACUACGGUUAGUAGAACACCUCAUGUCCUCCUGCUAGGAGCCGGUGCAGGUUUUCUUUCUCUUGCAGAGUAAGCAAGCAGCCCUUUACCCGUAGUACAGGCACGAGGUGUGCCUGAGCACUGCCCGGCUGUGCACGAGGUCACUUUGUUUCGGGAGGUGCUCAGUGCCCAGGCAGCAGCAGGUAGGUCGAGGUGCUCCUUUCAUGCAGUGAGAUUCGCUUGCGGUGCUGCUGUGCAGGUGCUGUACCUUUUGUUGUUCACGCUCUGUGAUCUGCAUAAAUCAAAUGGCAAUUGGACUGAAUAAAGCUAUUUUACAGAGAUGGGGGAGAGAGGGUUUUUAACCUUGUCAGCCAAGGGGACUGGGGUUUUGUUCUGAAGUGAGGAGGUGGUCGGGAAGCAUGGGACCUCUUUCACGGCUUGUUUUCUCCGUCCAGCAGUGGUGGGGCUGGUCUUGUCCUUACUGGGGAUCUAGGAAGUGACUGCUGCGUGUGUACCCCUGUGUUUAUUUGCAAAAUACUUAAUAAUAGAAAAUCAAUACAGAAUAGAAGCUAUACUUUAGUAUGCAUGAAGCCACAAAAUAAUAUGCUAAAGGCAGUGGUGUAUAUUAAUGUGCAUCCUGUUUUCUAGUGAUUAAACUUCUGUGCAUGCAGCAGGUAGGAUGAAACACUGAAUUUGGCUGGAGACAACUUUGAGUUGUGGGUCCAGCCUCCCCAAAACAACAGAGGUGAUGAAACACUUGCCACAGAGUGAGAUAUUGCUGCUGUAAUAAUAGGUGACUUCAGUGGUGAGAAAGCAGGUGUGCAGUGGGAUGUGCUAAAGCGGGGAAAAAAAAAUAAAUCCUUUUCCCCAAACAUGUCUUGAUGUUUUGUUAUCUGGUGCUGGUUUGAUUUGUCAGCUGCAGCUGGCUAACUAAAGCCACUAUCUCACUCUUUUUUUUUAUUAUUAUUAUUUUUUAUUUUUUAAACUUGCUUGCAGCACUCGGAGCCCUUCCUGGCACGCUGGCUGAUAUUGCUGCUUGGUUUCACGCCUCUCUGUGCUCAUCUCUCCCUGACGUGCACUGCUGGCCCUCGGGCAGGGAUUGGUGUGUGAUCACAGGGCAUAACAGGGUACUUGCCGAUGUCUGACUAGUAUUUCUAGGAACACUAGCGCUGCUACCUGCCUCUCAGGGAGGGAAUUUGGUCGUGUCUGCGGGGAUGUAAGUGCAGCUGUGCAGCGUCAGGCAUGAGGACCACCUACUGUGGCAUCAUGUAUGUGAGCAUAACUAGUACUGAGUGCCUGAGGAGGAGUAAAAGACCUAGGAAAUACGUGGACUAACACAUUAUUUGGCUUGCUGUCUCAGGAUUUGGUAAUCAGUAACUCAGGGAUUUACUGUAUCCAGGCCGCUCUAUCUAACAGUCAGUACUGCCUAAUGCUCCGUAUCUCUUGCUUAUCAGUAUUUAUCCCUGCAAGGUCUGCUUCCUUGGGAACGGCAACCAAAUUCCCGAGUAAACAAGCCUUCAAACCAGCCUCCAAACCUUGGCAUCUGAGGGUUUGUAUUUGUUAUCACAGUCGUGUUGAAACACAGCUCACUUGAUAGGAAUGCUGAAAUAUCUUCAUGACUGGGACUGAUACCCCGAGAAGGGACGGGUACGCAUUCAACACAUGCUCACCUCCUUACCACCUCAGUCCUGCAGAUGGCUACCAAAUUCACGUGGAUUUCGACAAUUUUAGUUUAAAUAAGUUCCCCCUUAUUUUUGCUGCGGUAAUAUUUUUUUAUCUGGGAGUCUGCCACAGGUAGAAAGAGGCAGCAAGUUCCUGUGCUUCUGGUGGAAACGUGCUUGUAGGUGGAAUUGUGCAGACUAGUAGCAUCUAAGCAGGGUGGUAUUAGCGUUACAUACUCCAUAUUUUAGGGACUUUGAGGGUAAAAGCUGCAGAGCACUACUCUGUUGUCUUUGCAGACUGCCUCCUGUUAAGUCUUCCUUGGGUGCGACUGUUGGAGUUCAUUUGCUGUAUGCAUUACUUCAGUUGAGUUUCUACCCCUUGCUUUGCCAUCUGUACAUAGCUCAGAAAGUAUUUCCAGAAGCUAAGGCUGGUGGGUUUUUUGUUUGUUCAUUUUUUGUUUUCUCUAAUGAAAGAAGCCACUAGCAGGCAGAACUAGUUUGUAAUGCCAAAAUCAACUUAUCACUGUUACCUUGCGAGAUAAUAGAGAGGAAAAAACGCUCAUUAGGGACUAAAUCAUCACUGUGCAGCUCUCUGCUUUUCCCUCAAUGUUCUGCUCCUCAAGCAGCCGGCUCGGAAGCAUUGCUGCUGCGAAGAAUAAGGCUGAGGAAAGCUCUGCUCUGCCCUAGGUACGUCCCUGUGCUUGUUAAGGAAUAUGCCAUCUUUCAUUUUUCCCCUGUGGCCGUAGAAACAAGACACAAGAUUUUCAGCUUGCUUUCUUCCCCUGGCAUGCUUUAUGUAUUUGUGUGCACGUGCGCUCCAAGCCCAAAGGAAUAUUACAAAUCCCAUCUCUACAUGUGUAUUCACGGGAAUGCCAGUGGCAUAACGAUGUCCUGCUUAUCUCACCCUUUGUGGGAUGAGCUUCAAAUCAGUCAGCUCUGAAAGCCUCCAACUGAUUUAAGCCGUGGCAGCACGAUGUGGUUCCAAAAAGCUUUGCUAAGGGCACCCGUGUGCCGUUGUUACAGCAGGACCUGCAGCGUGGUUCAGACCUGAGCUGUCGAGCAAUCCAGAGGUGUGAGCAGCCUGGUUUGGGAGGCAAUUGGACUGAAGUCGCUUGUUACUCCACUGCUCUGGGGAGCCUGUAGCGUGGGUUGGAUGGAGACCAGCACCCUGGCCGCUGAGGAUCCGCCUGCACCGGCUGGACGUGGUCUGUGACUGCUCUGAGGGCAGUGGGAGGCUUUCUGCCGGUGGGUGAGCUCAGACUUGGUGCCCAGGUGUUUGAGCAUCCUUGGGCAGGACAGCUGCUGGUGCUGCCACCUAACACUACUGGUAUUAAUUCAGGUUCGAGAGAAAAAAUUACACUGGAAGUGCAUCUCAGGAGGAUACAAAGAAGUGACAAAUUCCAAGUCAUUCACCUUCUGCCUAGAGUUUGUUUAUAAAAUACAUGUAAGGUAAAGUGGCCACCAUUUAUCUGCUCAAUGCCUUCUCUGAAGGAGAGGACACUGGUUUUGUGUUUAUAGGCACGUUGGUUUUGAGUCACCGGUGCUCAGCUCACCUUGCUAUGAGUAAAUGCACUGAGAUGAUGAGGAGGUGCGGUACAAGGAAUUUGCUUUGCAUGUCUCGGUGUGAGUGCAGUAAUAAAUGGGUUUUGUCCUACAGCACGCCGAGCUUCUCCCAGGAGGUGCAGGGAGCACACUGAACUCCUGCCCCGUAGGUGCACCCCGUAACGUUGGCUCUGUCCUUGCUAAAGCAAAGCAGCAAGCGUGCUGAUCUCCACGCGUGUUUGCCUGCACAGCACUGAAUAGUGCUAUCUUGCACUUCUCGCUGCUGAUUUAAUUAGCUCUCUCAGCAAGGAUGCUUUGAUCCAAAGCCCCUUUCAGCUGUUUGGCCAGGUAACAGAUACUUAAAAGCCAUGGGAUUCUGCACGGAGCCAGAAGUCUCCUGAAAGGAAGGCUCAGAAAUACAAAUGCUCAGCAGCUCAUGAGAACCUGAAGCUCAUUGACCUAUGGCAAUUACAAAACUUCUCGUGCUUAUUCCAAUUUAGUGCAUGAACCUUGUCAUCUUGUCCAGAUUAUCAUUGCUGCGAAUUUCUGUAGUUUCAGGAUUCAUUUUUUUAAAGAACAGAUAAUGACUUUUCCUCCAAAUGCUCCUGUUCCCUAUUUUGAAGUGUUGCCAGCGUGGGGUACCCAGGGAGUCCUCCCUCGGGAGCAGAGCACAGUUUUGCUGUGGAUUCUUUGUAAUCUUGAUUUUGGGCAACUUCUGGUUCCUUGCUGUUCUGUACCUCGUGUGGCUCUACCUCGACUGGGAAACGCCGUGCGCUGGGGGCAGACGGUCCCAGUGGGUCAGGAGCUGGACUGUCUGGAAGUACUUCAGGGAAUACUUCCCCAUUCAACUUAUAAAAACUUCAGAUUUGAAUCCAAAUCACAACUACUUACUUGGCUUUCACCCUCAUGGGGUCCUGGUAGCUGGAGCCUUUGGAAACUUCUGCACGGGCCCAAGUUUCAAAAAUUUAUUUCCUGGGCUUACUCCGUAUCUGCAUAUUAUGCCCAUCUGGUUCGGCUGUCCCUUCUUCAGAGAAUACAUAAUGAGUGCUGGGAUGGUUUCAGCCUCCAAGGAGAGCGUCUCGUAUGUGCUGAAUAAUGAAGGAGGUGGCCACGCGUCCAUCAUUGUGAUCGGAGGAGCCGAGGAAUCCCUGAAUGCACAUCCUGGAAGUUUGACUUUGAACGUCCUCAACAGGAAAGGCUUUAUUAAAAUGGCCUUGAAACAUGGGGCUCAUUUGGUCCCAGUGUUUUCCUUUGGCGAAAAUGAGCUAUUCAAGCAAGUUGCAAACCCCAAAGGUUCAUGGCUCAGAAACGUACAGGAGAAACUGCAAAAGAUAAUGGGCUUUGCUUUACCAUUGUUUCAUGCUAGAGGAGUAUUUCAAUACAGUUUUGGCUUAAUACCUUUCAGGCAACCUAUUCACACUGUUGUGGGAAGCCCCAUCCCUGUAAAACGGAACUUGAAUCCCACCACUGAAGAGAUUGAACAGCUACAUGCGGUAUAUCUACAGGAACUACGAAAAUUGUUUGAAGAACACAAAGGAAAUUAUGGGAUCCCUGAGCAUAAAACUCUUAUCUUUGAGUAGUAAACCACAAUCCGCCAUUCUAAAUCUCAUGGAAAAAACUACUGUAUGCUGAAAGAGUUCUUUCUUGCAAUCUGUGUUUUGCAAUCUGUAAUUAUCCUUGUGUAAGGAAUAAUUUUAAGAAAGGAUUAUUAAAUAGUUUAUUGAUCUUUAUUUUAUGAAAACAAAAAAAAAGCAUCCUAAGGGUGCAAGCCGUGAAGCCAGUGCUGUUUUGAGUUGUCCUUUUAGGUUCAUCUGUACUAGAAAUGCCAGUGAGAGACUCAACACUGAUGUUCUUACUACCAUGGUACUUUACCAUAGCUUGAGCAGAGGAAAUUGCCCCAGCAUGAGAGCAAGAGCAGGAAAAGCAUAUAUACCACAGAGGUCUGUCAUUAGACAUUGGGACUGUAACCAACACGUAUCAAACACAAGUUGUCUUCUUAAUGUCAAAAAAAAAAAAAACCCUGCUGCUCUUCCAAACCAAGUUGUGUAUUUUCAGUAGAUGGCUAUUACGAGCCAUUUGCAUGUGAAAUCAUGAAUAAAUGAGUUUUCUGCCUUGAAGAGGAUAUCAGCAAAAGCAGUUUGUCCAACCAAUGGAGCAGACCAAACACUGUUUGCAGGAAGAACAGAGUGUUGAGUUACUCUGGGCACAUAUGUGCUGGGUGGGGGUAAGCACUGAAUAAUGUGACUUUUUUCGACAGCUGUCCAGUUUGUAAGAUGAAUCAGCUUUGUUUGGUAGUUUUAGUCUCAGAGAAGAUGGCAGGCACAGGACAGAAGUACACCAACGAAGCUAGUGUGGGAAUCAUGUGAAUUUCACCUCUUACGCAAAUGAAAAGUUAUCAUAUGCCAAGCACUUCCACACAAGGAAGGGGAGCCCAAUUUGUUCAGUCUAGUUCUGAAACUUCACCAAGGAAAGUGUACUUGAUUUAUGUCUUCUUCCCCACUGAUAGAUGUGGGGAAGUACGUGGAAAGCAGUGCCUUGGAGUGACAGCCGUAAUUGCCAAAGCAGUGGGAGGACAGCUGUAGGGUGCGGCAGGUUAAGAGGAUAUUUGGUGUGCAAACCAGCUGCCUAGAUUUGAGAGGUUUAUCUGAAAUGUGGAUAUCCAUCUAAGAGAAGAAGAAAAAAUAUCUUAGCCAAACUCUUUUUCAAUUAAAGUGCCUAGGUUUCUGAGAUGAUUUGUAAAGAGAAUUACAGUAUAAAUAUAAAUAUAUGUAUUUAAAUGAAAUUCUUGUAUUUGUAAAUGCUUUUCAUCUGUGUGUGGACUUUGCAGACCUGGUUUUACUGAAGUGUUUGGUUUGCUCUAAGCAGUUUUUGCUCAUUGGGCAGCAUGGGGCAUCUGCAGCGGGGUCGGCUCAGCACAGGCGUGCUCUGGGAAUGGUGGUGCUGGCUCUAUAAGCACAGCUACAUUGGACGCAUCUGAUUCUCCUCAGGAGAAAUGCAGUUGGAAUUUUGGGAAAAGUUAAAACUUUGUAAAGAAAAGAUCAUAGCAAAAUGAAGGUCUUCAAGGAAAAGGGUCAAAAUAUUUUGACUCCUGAGGAGUGGAUUCCUUAUGAACCAAAGCCCCAAAGCUGUGUAGAUACUUGCCAGACAGACCAGAUGUGUGUUGGGCUGGAGUUCCAGAAACCCUCCAGCAGCAGAUUGAUUUCCCUAGGAGGGCCGAUAUAUACCUUCUGGUAUAUAGCAGUCAUUCAGAGGUGACCAGCCAGUGAAUCCUGCUCUCACUUUCUUCAGGACUAUGGAUGUCUCUCUGGGAGCCAGGAUGAGAGCUGGAAUUCUUGCUGUUGCCUUCCCAAUGCUUUUGGUGCCUGAUGAUCACUGUGGUGUAGACAUAUCACUUCUUCCUGCCUUGUUCCUCUCUCCUUGGGAUAAGAUCUCUGAAGAACUGUGUGUGCAUACAAAAUAAAGAAUAUUGGCUAAACAGGGGAGUUACGAGCAGAGCUUGAGAAGAGGAAGCACUAUGAGUGUGAAUGUUUAACAUGAACUUAAGAUCAGGGCUGUUUCAGCACUUGGAAGGGCGUAUGUCUAGGGAAGUCAAAUGUGGCAGGUCUGAUACCUGGGAAGAGGCCUCCAGCAUCCUGAGUGCUGUAGUGAUGAGCCCUGAAUAAUCACUGACCCAUUUUGGCUUAGCCAGCUAUGUGAAAUUUCCUUUGGUUUUGUUUUUUGCUGUCUGUCCUGGUGAGGAGUGCUGAUACAGUCAUGAAAGAAGAAUUUGGAGUCUGUGUCAGGCUUCCGUCCUAAAUCAUCUGCUCUAGUGAGAUAUUUCCUCUCAUUUUCAACCUGCUCUUUUCCUAAUACCUUAAUGAUAUAGGAGCUCAGGAUGUAAAUUUGAAAGCAUUAGCAUUGGGGUGAGGAUGGGAAGUGAUUGUAAUAAAAUCAAUUUAGCUAAAAAUUCUAAGGAAUAUAAAGAUACUGAUUUGGGGGCAAUACCUGGUCCAGAGGGUACUCUGCAAAUAGGCUUACUUCUGAAUUCCAUGAGAAAAUUAUUUAUGGGCUCUGAAUAUCAUUCAUAACUGGCAUAGUUAGAACAAGUAGGGAUUGUGUUGCUGUGACUACUAGUAUUUGUUAUGCUUUGUAACACAGGAAGAUGGAGGAAAAAAGAAGUCUUUGAGCAAUAUGAGUAUUUUUUCUUCUCUAUAACUACUGCAUAUUGCCUGUGAUGGUCCUUACAAACUACCUUUUAUUAAAUUUUCUACAUGUUUAGGCCUAUUUUAAAAUACAGUAUCAAUCUCUAAUAGGCAUGCUGUCUUCUAAAAUAAUUUGGAUUUUACAAAUCCAAAUACUGUUUGGAUUUGUAAAACAGCCCUGCUUGAACACCAGGUUGCUUCAGAGCAACCUGGAAACUGUAGAUCUGUGGUGAUGCCCACGCUUACUGGGACUUGCACUGUGGUGUGUUACUCUUAGUGCUUUUUAAUGAGAUGGGUAAUCCCAGGGAAGCUAGUCAUCUGUUAAAAAGAUAGAUGCUUUGCGUGUUUACCAUUCAAAUACUGUUUCUCUGAUGUGCUCAAGCUGGCAAUGCCUGCCUGUUGCCUUGUGAGUGAACAUCUCUCCCAAAUUUGAUUCACAAAAAGUCUUUAAGCAGCAGUGCUUAAGAUUUUUUUACUUCCUGAACUACAAAGCAUAUUUUACACUCUUUGUAACUCUUCAUGACACCAGAAAAAUAUGAAUGUCAGUUGUAUCAAUGAUAGAUGUGGCAAGAUGGUGUGAGAUAAUAAAAGUUUAUACCAAAGAA